CGCAAUUUUUUGUAGUAGGAGUAAUUUUUAAUUUAUCGUAUCGCUCGUCCACGGUGCUUUGGUUUUCCGUCGCCCAACUCUACCGCCACAACCACCACCACCACCACCGCCGCCGUAUCUACGUAUCAGAUGAAUCUGCACAUUUCAGUUUCCAAAUGGAUCGGAGUAAUUUGGGGGAUUCCUCCUCUUGUGCUUUAUGCUAUAGAAUUCUUCCAUCCGACAAUGAGGCUGACGAGCUUGACGAUUUUAGCGUCUGCGCUGAUUGUAAUUUUUUGUUUCUUGAAGAAUUUGAGACUGCAUCGCCCUCGCCUCAAGUCCACCAUAGGAGGAGGGGUCGAUCGAGGAGAAGAUUCGUCAGUUCUGAGUCCAUGGAGAGUAUGUUCUCUCUCCAAUUUUCACAAAUCGCAAGGCAAGACGAUGCUCGUUCUGUGCGGUCGUCUACAAUGUGGAGGAGAUUCUUUUCCGAUACGGAAAGUGAUGGUUUCGAUUCUCUCUAUGUUGACGAGUCUGACUCCAAUGCUAGCUUUCGGAGAUAUAGGGCUGUCCACGAUAGUGACUCUGAUGAUACCCCAAGUGAGCUAGAUAUCGACCCCAUGAAUGCUGGUACGUUCCAUUGGAAUUCGGAAGAUGACAGUAGUGAAGGUGAAGCUCAGCCGAGCCUCUUGGUUAACUGGCGCAGGCAGCUACUGUCCUCUCAACUCAUGGGCACAGUUCCACUCAGUAUACGCCACCGGAUACAAGCACACACUGGUGGGUGUUAACCAAUUUGGAUGAUGAGUCUUAUGUUGGGAAUUCGGGGGAUUAUCUUGAUGCCAGAGGCUUUGAGGAUCUUCUCGACCAUCUUGCUGAAAAUGAAGGUUCAAGGAGAGGGGCACCUCCUGCUUCUCUAUCAUAUAUGAACAAUCUGCCACGUCUCACGAUUAAUGGAGACAAGCAACAGCAGCAGGAGUGUGCAAUCUGCAAGGACUCCUUCACGCUUGGCGCUGUCGUCAACCAGCUUCCCUGUUUGCACCUUUAUCACCCUUCCUGCAUCUUGCCGUGGUUAGCUACAAGAAAUACGUGCCCACUUUGCCGCUAUGAGUUUCCAACGGAUGACAAUGAGAGAAGUGAGAUGGUUGAUGAGCAAUACUUGAUUGAUGAUGCUUCCAUGGAUGAUGAUGCUCCAAGAAAUAGAUGGCUCUUCCUUGCUGCUCCGAUUGUCAGUAUUCUUGGCAUAUCUCUCAUUCUGUGGUUUGGCGAUUCAUCCGCAACUAGAUUGUGCGCAACUGGCGCUGGCCGACCUCUGUGCCGUCGAGAUAAUAACCACAGGAGAUGGUGGUCGUUUUUGUAACUAUAGCUUUAACAAGCAUUGUUAUCAACGGCCUUUUUUUGAUCAAGUAUCGCCAUCGGCUUGUAUAGAGGUAUGUUGUAUAAGCUUUUUACAUAUCGUAGAUAGAUUGCUUCUUCUGUAGCUAUGUUUCUUCUACUCUGUAUUUUCAGUGUUGUAUGCUGAUCUAUUGCUAUUCUUAGCAAAUGUUGAGUUUGGAUGGAUAA